AUGGGUAAGAGCCAGGUCCAACACUGGACUCCAUGGCUCCUGAGGAGCUACUCCGGUUCACAAGAAGCAACUGUAUUGGAGAGCUCAAGGGAGCAGCGCACAGGAAGAACAGAGCAGAGCAGGUCCACAGCCAGACACAGCGAGAUUUACCAACCGGAACCGCAGCGCACGCUGCCUCCUCUGAAGUCUUUCCCGCUGAACUCCAGCGACGCGGGAGCGGAUUAUGUGACCGGACGAGCUCGCGCCUCUGGCCGAGAGGAGCUGAAGAGAGUGCAGCAAGAACUGAGGGAGGUGAUCGCAGAGGGGAAGGACAGUUACAGGAGGAAGCUGGAGGGCAAGCUCCAACAGAACAACAUGAGGGAGGUGUGGAGUGGGAUGAGAACCAUCACUGGUCAUGGGCUCUCUCCAUCCCCUCCCUUCACCAUCAAUAUUGAGGAUGUGAGAAGAGAAUUUGGCCGCCUGUGUCUAGGAAAGGCUGCGGGUCCUGACGGUCUCAGCCGCAGAGUGCUGAAGGGAUGUGCUAUCCAGCGGUUCGAGUUGCGCAUUGAGGCCAUGGUCCUCCACGAAGAGUUCUUCCCUUCUUGUGCUAUGAUGAGCCAUGAGAUCGAUGUCAUUCGGGUUGCCACUAAAGAGCUGAUGAGCUGUGAGGAACUACAUGCAAUCCUGCAUCUGGUGCUUCAGGCCGGAAACAUCAUGAAUGCUGGAGGUUACGCAGGUAAUGCUGUGGGAUUUAAGCUGUCAUCUCUACUCUCACUGGCUGACACCAAGGCCAACAAGCCAGGCAUGAACCUUCUGCACUUUGUCGCCAUGGAGGCAAAGAAAAAAGAUGAGAAGUUGCUCAAGUUUCCAGAGAAACUUCAGGAUGUCCAAAGUGCAGCCAGAAUCUCAGUGGAGAAUAUUGAGAUGGAGUUCUCUUCCUUGUAUGUUCGGAUAAAAUCUCUUGAGGAGAAAGUUCAAGGAGACCAGGACCUUCUGCAUCAGCUGGAGCCCUUUCUGCAGAGUUCAGCACAAACACUGCAGGAUCUGAAGAAACGCAGGCUGGAUCUGCGUAAAGAGGGCAAUGCUCUCAUCGAUUUCUUCUGUGAAGACAAAGACACCUUUAAGCUGGACGAAUGCUUCCGCAUAUUUCAAGAUUUCUGUAUCAAGUUCAGGAAAGCGGUCAAGGACAACAUGGACCGUGAGUUGAAGGAGGCUGCCAGACAACGUCGUCUCAGAGAGUUGGAAGAAAAGCGGUUUGCCUGGUCAGGUGCAGACCAGACUGGUGGAUUUGGUAGAAGCAGCAGUGAGACUAAUGUGAACAUGCUCACCAAGGAAGAACUCCUGGACUAUUUCCAGCAAAGAUCCCAGAGUCCACAUAGCCCACUAGGGCGCUCUGCCAGUGCCCGCCGCCACCGCCACACUAUGACCACCAUUGCGGACUGUGAACUUCAAGGACACCUCGAGUUAUUUGGAGGCACAGGGUAUCCUGCUGAUUAUUCAAAGUUUAACAGCCUACCUCGGUCAGGCCGUCCUCUACAGAGGGCAACAAUGCCUUGGAUUUUAUCCCAGGAUGACAACCGUGAGCUGGGAUUUGACAGACAGGUGAAAGUGAAGUCCCCACAUUCAGAAACGGAACCUAUUAGCCCACUUGCCAGGUUUUCUUCCUCUGGGCUUAAUGCUAAUGAGGAUGCAUGCAAGGACAAUAUUUACUCCUCUGUCUCAGAAGGUAGUGUUCUGCCUCGUUCUUGUGUCUUUCAGAAUCCAGCCCAUUUGUCCAACCAAACAGUAACUGGACACAUGCAUGUUAGCAUGGAGAAGCACACUUUAGUCCGUGGUCCUCAAGCCUUUGACCUACCUAGUCCAAACAAUAACAAUACUCAAAUGCGCUACAUCAACCAGGGGGAUGUUGUGGUAAGUAAUUUGGAAAGUGUGAAGCAGCUGCCUCCUGAGAAUCUGGACACCUUUCAAGGUGAAAGUGGAGGAAAUGCCAAGGCAGCAUGGGAAGGGAAAGCUGAUCUUCCCAUACAGACUGAAAUGUCUCUGAAAUUAGAGAAGGAAGAGGAGGACAACAGCACAGUUUCAUCAACAACCUGUGAUACACCCCUCCCACUAGAUACCUGCGUAUCCAAUAAGAAGGCAGUGUUUUUUAUUGGAGAAUGUACGGAAACAGACUGCUCCGUCAUCUUGGAUUAUUCUGAAGUUGAAAGUUCUCCUCUAGUGAGAGAAGGACAUUGUAUAACUUCUGGCCUCAGUGAUGCUCAAGAAAGCCAACGGGAUCCAUGUUCUCUGUCCUCUAAAUUGGAAUCCACGUCCCCCAAUGAGCUGUCGGUUUCAAAUUCAACCAAUGACAUUUCAGUGCCAAGAUCUGUGGAUGCACUUGUGAAUUUAUCAAAUGCUAAAGAGUGGGAGACAGAUAGCUGUGACACCGCUGAAGGAAAACAGGGAGCAGAAAAGGAUGAACAGAAAAGUAGUCAAAAAGCAGUGACUACAAAGAACAAGCCCAUCAAAGGGAGCAAAUGCAGUGUGGGUCAUCGUACUCGAAACCUGACCAGCAGCGAAAGCCAGAGCAUGCGGAAGGUUGUGCCCAUUCACCGACAAAGUAGGACCAGUAGCAACAAGCACACAGAAAAGCCUUUAGAACGUGUCAGUGGAGGGUCACGUCGGCAAUACCGUGACCAGAGUACCCCAGCUAGAGGAAGGAGUGAGAAGACUACCAGACCUCCUCGACACUCCAGCCUCCCUCCGGAGGACUCAAAAGCCCAGAGAAUAAGUAGCCUCACCAACAACACAUCCAGAUGGGCACGUGAUUCCACCCCAAGAAAGGGUUCUUUUCAUAAGCCGAGCGCCAAACCCCUGCGGAAUAUUGUCAAGGCUGCUCCUGAGGAGAAGAUGUGCCGCUCAACCAUGAGGGCUCUUGCUCAGGCACAGGGCGUGGCUUCAUCUGAGACUAGUAGUUUGAACGUAUUUGGCACCAAAAACCCAUCCAAUGUGCCCAGCUUUGCUCGUAACACCGUAGCUUCAUCUUCCCGUAACAAAAAGGAGCCGGGCCCUCCAUCUGCGCCGUCCACUCCCUCUCGGACCCCAUCGGCCCUGGCUCGACAAAAUCCUGUGAAGCAGAACAGAUUAUCCCCAACAGUUCACACUUAUGAGGAGCAGCUAACCAACCAGCGACGAGUGCAAAGUGUGAAGGCUGCCAGUCGGAGUGCCCAACGUAGCGACACUCCACCGCCACGUGAAAACAAUCGCAAGAAUAGCAGCUUUUCUGAAAAGUCUGUAACAUCUAAGGAUUUGAUGGCAUUUACCAGAAGCCACAAGCCAAGCUGGAAGUAAAACUAAAGAUUUUUUUUGAAGCUUACUACAGAAUAGCAAAUAGAUGACAGUUAAAAUUGAUGUUUACUGUUCUUACCCAUUUAUACUGCAUGUUAUCCUCUCGAGUCAUGCAAAGAAAUUGAACUAUCUUACCCGGUAUUCCUCUGGUAGCUGACUUUGUAUCAGGGUUAUGGAUUACAGAGAGGAAUGUUCAAUGAGCUGCUCCAUGUGUUCCAGUUUUAGUUGUAGUUAUUUUAAUUAGUAUGCAGUUUUUCUUUUCUUUUGAGGGGAUGAUGAACUAGACUGACAAAUGGCAAAUACUUGCAUACCUUUGCCUGCUUAGCUCUAUGUAUUUUAUGAAGUAGUGUGUUUGAUGUUUAUGUACAAUAAGUAAAUAUUACCGACUAUAUUGUGCUGCUAAAUAGCUCUGACAAUUUGACAGUGAAUUUAAGAUUUUUUUAUUAUUAUUAUUUCAGGUUAUGAGAGUUUGUGUCUUACCUUGCUGCUGUUACAGAGGAGUUGUGUUCCAGUCUCCUACUAUGUUUGCUAUCUGUUGCUUUGCUUGAUACCUCAGAAAGUUUUUGGUGGCCUUGAACCAGCAGUAGAAUGUAUUUAUUUGGGUCUGUAUGAUAAAGACUUAAAAGGAAUCAGGAAAGUUGAUUUUAAAGCAACUGCAGCAU